CUGCAGUCUUAUCUCGGGACAGCAGGGCAGCUAUAAGGAGGGAGGCCAUAGUGCCAGCAGUCUUUCCUCCUGCUCACCAGCUGAUAACAGGAUGAAACUCCUUGUGUUGGCUGCUCUGCUCACAGUGGGCACUGUCCAGAGCGGCGUCACCCCGCGGGCGUUAUGGCAGUUCAGCGGCAUGAUCAAGUGCAAGAUCCCCGGCAGUGAACCCUUGCUGGAUUUCAACAACUACGGCUGCUUUUGCGGCCUGGGUGGAUCCGGGACCCCAGUGGAUGAACUGGACACGUGCUGCCAGACACACGACAACUGCUACCAAAAAGCCAAGAAACUGGACAGCUGUAAAGUCCUCGUGGACAAUCCCUACACCAAUAGCUACUCGUACUCGUGUUCGAACACGGAGAUCACCUGCAGCAGUAGCAACAAUGCCUGUGAGGCCUUCAUCUGCAACUGUGACCGCAAUGCUGCCAUCUGCUUCUCACAGGUCCCGUACAACAAGGAGCACAAGCAUCUAGAUUCCAAGUACUGUCAGAGCUGAGUAUCAUCCCUGGAAACUGUGAUUCCCUACCUGCCCCAUGCCCUCCACCUUACCCCAUGCCCUCCAAUAAAGCACCUUGUUAAAA